AUGAUUUCUACAUAUCCAAUGCGUAGAAGAGAGAUUAUCACCAUGAAUCUUAGAGUGUGGCAAGUUUUGGAGGCCUUCCCUCCUUUGGGAUCAAGUACAGGAUCUGAGGUAGACUAUUCAGUAUUGUAUAGCAUGCAUGUGAUAUGUACAUUAAUAAGUACAAUAUUUAACCCUAGAAAUGGACCAGUAAACAGGUAAAUAAACAUUGAAAAAUUUAAUAUAAAUGUACUGUAUGUAACAAUGAAGUACAGCACAUGUAUAAUUACUAAAGUUUUUCUAACGUUUGUACCUGGAAUGGGGAAUUGCAGUCAGUUGUGCUUUGUGCAUAUUUAUGUGUUCAAAGACUUUAAGUUAUCCAUUCUAUAAUCCCUAGUAAGUUUCCACUGCUUUUAUAGACAAUCCUUAAAUACUUAUGUUUCUCGACAAAGUUGAAAUUCAAAGAAUGCUAUUGUGUGAUCCUCACUGUAGUUAACAUUACAAAUUCAUGAACAAAUGAUUUAGUAUUUAAUUGAAGAAGAUUUGAUUUGUUAAAUACACAUUACAUGUUUUCAUACAGAACUGUUAUUAAUUUAGAUACGAGCAGAGUUAGACAGAAUCCUACAGGAACCUGAUAUUAAUAAAGACAUAAAAGAGCGUUUUAAUGGAGGCUGGCGAGAGCGAAUCCUCUCUCACAUGAGAAAAUCAUCGCAUCGUUGUCUACAAGAGAUAAUGGAAAUGGCAGAAGGAGUUGAAUUCUUGGAUGAAAAUGGUGGGUGUAAUAUGUGACUUGACAGCAGUACAGAAUUUAUUACUUUUAGUAAGAUCUUUAUUUCUGCAUGGGUAUAAUGUUAUCCUUGGGUUUUAGUUUUGCUUAUUGCCACUGUUCUUGCUGACUGAGAAGUCUAUCCAUGCUUCAAAUAAAGCUGCUGUACUGUACAACCGUUACAUUGUCUGAAACUAGGCCACACGAGCUCGAGAUUGACAAGAUCCCUCUGUUAUUCAACGUGUAAAAGAUAUGUGUAUGGUUAACUGAUAUUUUUUAUUGUAUUGUGUUUCAGAAGUUCAAAAUCGAUGUAUCAUGGCUGGACUCCCUUUUUUACUUUUUGAUACAAAGAAAUAUACUAUGUCUUGUAGCAAAUCAUUUUGGAUAAGGGCUAAGGUAUGAACUAUUCAUUUCUGCAUAAUGUGGCAUGGAUUUUGCACUGGUGUAGGUGCAUGGCCAUGGUGUAAAUUUCCUUUACCUGUAUGGCAAUCUUCAGGUUAAUUACCCUUGCCUUGUCUGAACUAUAUGAAUUAUAUAUGUAUAUAUUUAUUUCUGUUGUUGAUUUUUAAUAGAGUGAAGAUGAAGACAAAGUUUUGGACGACCUUAUUAACCUGACAAAGUCACCAAGACUCUUGAGUACCGGAAAUCUCACUGAUAUUGAUGAGCUCUGCCUUGCCGCAGAAGGUAUGGUUAUUUGUCAAUUCAGACCUGCAAACAUUCUAAAUGCUGUCGUAACUCUACUUGGAAGCUAUUACGUAUUCAAUAUGGAAUUUCCGAAAGGUGCAAGUGGAGUGGAGAAGGCACUUUUCUUAUUUUUGGAGCAUAUAUUCAUUGGUCAGUGCAGUGCCAAUUUACCACUUACAGUUGAAAAUCUCGUUUCGGAUUUGAUGGUAUGA